CAGCAACAGCAGCAGCGCAGCGAACAGAAAGCAAUCGAAGCCGCCGGUAACAUGGGAAGGACACUGGAAAUAACGCCACCGGAGCGAUCCAUAAAUCUGGAGAAGCAACAGGAGGCCGGAGGCGAGAAUGUCGAGACCGGAGCAGCGGGCACGGGUGCGAAGCGACGCGGUCACGAGACCAGCAAUCUGGAGGCAGCCACCCAUCUGUUCAAGGGCAGUGUCGGUGCCGGUUUGUUCGCCAUGGGUGAUUGCUUCAAAAACGGUGGUCUGGCAGGAGCCACCAUCCUGUUGCCCAUCAUUGCUGUGAUGUGCGUCCACUGUGAACGGAUGCUGAUCAAGGGCUCCAUUCUGGCGGUGGAACGGACGCCGGGUGUUGAUUUUCUCGAUUAUCCGGAAACCGUCGAGAAGAGCUUUGAGUACGGGCCACGCCCACUGAGGCGGAUGUCGCGAUUCAUGAAACUGGUGGUGGAGAUGUUUCUGUGCGUCACGCAAUUUGGUUUCUGUGCCAUAUACUUUGUCUUCAUCACGGAGAAUCUUCAUCAGGUCCUUCAACAAAACGGCGUCGACAUUAGCAUGAGUAUGGUGAUGCUGAUCACUUUACUGCCCGCCAUGAUUCCUUCGCUGAUGACCAACCUGAAGUACAUAUCCCCCGUGUCCUUGUUCGCCAAUGUGGCUCUACUUUUUGGACUGAUCGCCACCCUGACCAUCGCCUUCUCCGAUGGACCGAUGCCAUCGAUUGGCGACCGACAUCUAUUUACGGGUGGUGCUCAGUUGUCCCUGUUUUUUGGAACCGCCUUGUUCUCCUACGAGGGUAUCGCCUUGAUCCUACCACUGCGGAAUUCGAUGCGUAAACCGGAGAACUUUAGUAGUCGUUUCGGUGUCCUCAAUAGCACCAUGUUCCUAACCACCGCCCUGUUCAUUUUCACCGGUUUUGUGAGCUAUGUUCGUUGGGGCGAGGAUGUGGCCGGUAGUAUUACCCUGAAUCUGGUAGUGGAGGACAUCCUGUCGCAGGUGGUAAAGGUGGUGGCUGCCCUCGGUGUCUUUCUGGGCUAUCCCAUACAGUUCUUUGUCAUGAUCAAGAUCCUGUGGCCGCCCAUCAAGCGAUCCAAUGAAUGUGCCCAGAAAUAUCCAAUCACCAUGCAAGUGUGCCUUCGUUUUGUCAUGUGUAUGAUGACCUUUGGCGUUGCUUUGGUAGUACCCCAAUUAAAUCUGUUUAUAUCCCUGAUCGGAGCUUUGUGCUCCACCUGCCUGGCUUUUGUCAUUCCGGUACUCAUCGAUUUUGUGAUCCAGGCCCAAGUGCCCAAAGGACUUGGGAUGUGGUCGUACAUCAAGAAUAUCCUUAUUCUGACAGUGGCUGUGCUGGGAAUCGUCACUGGUACUUAUCAGAGCAUCGUGGAAAUAAUCAAAGAGUUUAAAUAAUAGACUUUAAUCCUAAAAAUAUAUAUAUACAUAUAAUUAUUAUUAUUUUUUUUUUGUUUGUUGUGUAAAUAACGAUA